AUGUUGCAAAUUAAAUCAAUUCAAGCAGAACAUGAACAUAUGAUAUUGUUCUUCUCGAGAUUCACUGAGGAUAGCAUUAGUAGCACAGGAAGACAUAUAAAAAGAAAAGAAAUUCUAUGGUCAGUUGUUGAUGAAGCAUUUGAUCCUACAGAACAUGAAUUUUUUAAAAAUGCAAAGGAAAUGAAUCAAUCUGGUUUUGUAAAUAUGUUUGAAUGUUAUGAAAUAGGAAUAGGCUGUUCAUCAACAGCAACAGCACCAGUAUCUAUGAUCACCACACAACCA